GCCUUGCUCUCUUAUCAUCUGCGUAUUCCUAAUGUUGGACAUUGGACGUUUCUUUCACACGCUUUUCAAUAAUCCAGUGAAUCAACAUUUGAGCGUAGCUGCUUAAAGAUUUUACCAUCAACCACAAUGUCUCACAGUUUUGCUGGACUCACUCCUGGGGGUUGGGUGACAUAUUCCAUAACGGUAGUCAUCAUAAUGGUGAGUGACAGUGGUUUGCCUCUACUUAUGCUUUACAGCUCUAAUUCUUCCAAUACGUGAAGCUUGCUUGUCAGAUUAUCUAUAAUGCUUUUCUUCAUCCGUUAUCCAAAGUGCUUGGACGAUUCUUUGCUAGAGUGUCAGGGUUACCCUCCUGGUACUCUGCCAUGAGUGGUGAUCGUCACAUAUGGCUGUGGCAGCUUUUCCAAAUAUACGGUAAGGUACUCAUUAUGUUUAUGAUUAGUAGCUGACACUGCUAGGCCCCAAGGUCCGCAUAACCCCGAAUACAGUUGUGUUCUGUGAUCCUGUAGCAUACCGUGACAUUUAUAGCAACAAGGCAAAUGUACAAAAGGGUCCCUUUUACGAAGCUUGGCAGAAAGAUGAGUAUGACGUGAACACUUUCUCUACAAGAGAGAAGAAGGUGCACGCUCGUCAACGUAAAAUGUUAAAUCAGUCAUUUACUGAGCAGUCCCUUCUGGCCUCGCAACCUUUUAUGGUCAAGCACGUGGAUCGUUGGAUUGAGCUACUUGUCUUGGGAACUCAGGAUGGCGAGUGGUCUGAACCAAUGAACUUUGCUGAUCUUUCUGAUACAUUGGUCUUCGACAUCAUGGGAGAUCUCUGCUUUGAACAUCAUUUGACAUCAAGGAGCCGGGCGAGAACCCGUUCCGAGUCAUUCCACAUUCUGUCGUACAAUACAUGCAGUUCUUCUAUCCGGUAACAACUCCUAAUUGCCUUCCCAACUUUUUACAUUUACUAACUAUGAAAAUUCAGCUUACACGUUCCCCAAUGCUGGAGCUAAUUCUUUGGCUGAAGCCUGGUGGGCUCGACAAUCUCUUCAAAUCAAUUACUCCGCCCCAUAUUAAGAACUAUGUUAAUUUCGUACAAACUUGUGUUGACAAACGUCUUGCGCUCUAUAGUGAGCAAAAGAAAGAGGCAGUUAGCGCCCAGCGACAAGAUAUGUUUUGGUUUCUGUGCGAUGCAAAAGAUGACGAUGGUCGACCUGCUUAUAGUGAUGGGGAGCUCCAUGCUGAAGCAAAUAUGCUCAUUGUUGGCGGCACAGACACCACCUCUCUGCAACUAGCUGGUAUAAUGUUUUAUCUUACUCGUGAUAUAUGCAGGCUCCAAAAGCUCGUCCAAGAAAUCCAAUCGCGCUUUCAAACACCAGAAGACAUUGUUCAUGGACCAGAGCUAACGGGCUGUACAUACCUCAGGGCUUGCAUUGAUGAGACAAUGCGUCUUAGUCCAAGUGGCCCCAGUGAGCUCCCAAGACAAGUACGCAAAGGAGGUACAAUAAUCAAUGGUGAUUUUUACCAAGAAGGCACGAUUGUGGGAGCCUCUGGUUGGGAGACAGGGCACAAUGAAGACGUCUACGGAGAAGAGGUCUUCAGACCGGAACGGUGGAUUCCUGAUGAAGGCACUGGCGUAACCCAAGAAGAUGUCAACAUCUUUCGUGCCAACUUCCAUCCAUUCGCGAAGGGACCUGGAUCUUGUCCUGGGAAAAACAUCGCUAUUCUCGAGCCCUCGAUCACAAUAGCUCGGAUGCUGCAUAGAUUGGAAGUUCGAAAACCACCAACCGGCGAAAACAGCCUCGGCGAAGGAAAUCCAAAUGGCGGGUGGGGAAAACGAAACCAGAAUAUCUUUCAGAUUCAGGAUUCUUAUAUUUCUGUACGUAACGGUCCGAUGGUGCAAUUCAAGAAGAGGCGGGUUUAAGAUUGCGACAAUCGGAGC